AUCUAGGGUCUGCAUCUCUUUUCUUUUGACCCGAUCGCUUCUGAUUCCGGUAGUACUCUCCUUUCACCUCUCUCAUUCUUCUCUUUCGUUCUGUGAUAUUUCCAUAUCUAGGGUUGGAAGUUUCGGUGAGAAGGAGCAUAAUGAGAGGAUUGCUAAACAAGCUGGUUUCUCGCUCCCUCUCUGUCGCCGGAAAUUGGCAGCAGCAGCAACUCCGCCGUCUCAACAUCCAUGAGUAUCAGGGAGCUGAUUUGAUGAGCAAGUAUGGUAUCAAUGUCCCAAAGGGAGUAGCUGUUUCGUCUGUUGAUGAGGUCAGAAAGGCAAUUCAAGAAGUAUUUCCUAAUGAAAGUGAGUUGGUGGUUAAGAGCCAAAUUUUGGCUGGUGGGCGAGGCUUAGGAAAAUUUAAGAAUGGCUUUGAGGGCGGAGUUCACAUUGUUAAGGCUUGCAAGGUUGAAGAGACAGCUGGAAAGAUGCUUGGCCAGAUACUUGUUACCAAGCAAACUGGUCCUCAAGGAAAAGUUGUCAGCAAGGUUUACCUGUGUGAAAAGUUAUCGCUUGUCAAUGAGAUGUACUUUGCUAUCAUGCUGGAUCGUCAAACUGCCGGCCCACUUAUUAUUGCCUGUAAAAAGGGGGGAACCAGCAUUGAAGACCUUGCAGAGAAAUUCCCUGACUUGAUUAUUAAGGUGCCCAUUGAUGUAUUUAGAGGAAUUACUGAUGAAGAUGCUGCAAAAGUUGUAGAUGGUUUAGCUCCAAAGGUGGCUGAUAGAAAAGAUUCAAUUGAGCAAGUGAAGAAAUUAUAUAAGCUUUUUUGUGAGUGUGAUUGCACAUUGUUGGAAAUCAAUCCCAUUGCAGAAACUUCAGAUAACCAGUUGGUAGCUGCUGAUGCUAAGCUGAACUUUGAUGAUAAUGCUGCAUUUCGUCGGAAAGAGAUAUUUAAUCUUCGUGAUCCAACGCAGGAGGAUCCUCGAGAGGUGGCUGCUGCCAAGGCAGACUUGAAUUAUAUUGGCUUAGAUGGAGAAAUUGGUUGCAUGGUGAAUGGUGCUGGAUUAGCAAUGGCUACGAUGGAUAUAAUUAAAUUGCAUGGCGGAACUCCUGCCAAUUUUCUUGAUGUUGGUGGGAAUGCAUCUGAGGGCCAGGUGGUUGAGGCAUUUAAAAUAUUGACUUCAGAUGAUAAGGUUAAAGCAAUUUUAGUGAACAUAUUUGGAGGAAUAAUGAAGUGUGAUGUGAUAGCAAGUGGAAUUGUUAAUGCAGCCAAACAGGUUGCACUGAAAGUACCAGUGGUGGUUCGUCUAGAAGGUACUAAUGUUGACCAAGGAAAGAGAAUUCUCAAGGAAAGUGGAAUGGCGCUAAUCACAGCGGAAGACUUGGAUGAUGCUGCGGAGAAAGCAGUAAAAGCAUUAGCUAGUUGAGAAAUCAAGGAACAAACCCAGUUUGUUGCCCUCACCAUUUUUAUAACUCUCCGGAUGGAUUUUGGGGAAACAUAUGUAUUGAAUAUUGACAAUAACAUAGCAGCAAUGAGGGUUAUUACCCUUGGAAUUUUUUUUCUGUUACCAUCACUAAAUAUUGAGUUUUUGUGGUUGGGAAAAUUGUCGCAAUCUCUAUGGUUGUUCUUGGUGAUGAAAGAACCCCAAGCCUAGAGGCCCUAGACAGUAGACACUGUCGUUUCAGAAAUUUUAUAUGGCUUGCAAGUCAAUAUGCUAUUUGUAAAAGGUGGAAAGAUUUUGGACAUCUGGCAUUGUCAAGCCUUGAUAUUUGAUAUUUGUUGUGAUUUGAACAUUA